AUGAAUACCGGGCCCGGUCGAAGCGACAACGUUGUUCGUGCUGCACUCCAGGAACAAAUCGCCACUGAUAACGACGAAGAUGAUGUAUCCGAGAGAUCGUCUACCAGUAUCGAGUACGAAUCUGGCAGUGACGAGGAUGACGACGACGAAUUCGACGAAUUCGACGAGUCGCAGUGUCUAUUCUGCAACCAGACGAGCCCAGACCUGGACCAGAAUCUCAACCACAUGUUAAAGGUCCAUGGCUUGUAUAUCGACCCGGCGCGGCUGGUGGUAGACGUCGGGACGCUCCUCGCGUACUUCCACCUCAUCAUUUCUGGGCGUUACGAGUGCCUGUACUGUGGCACGCAGCGGAAUACUCGCGAAGCGGUGCAGCAGCACAUGAUGGCCAAGGGACAUUGCAAGUACGACGUUUCGGACGAGGGCACCGAGCUCAGAGACCUGUUCGAGUUCCCCUCGUCUCAUGCGAAAGAGGAAUUACACCGGCAUCUCGACGCUAUGCGCUUUUCUGACGACCCGCGUCCACCGCAGGCCAGGUCGAGGAAACCACGACUGCCAAAGCAUUCGGACAGACAGGGUCUCAACGGUACAGCUGAUCCGCUCGAACACGUCCGGCCGACUUCGAUUCCGCGUUCACACACCGGUGCCGAGUCAAGCUCGAGCGCCGACGAGACGCCCUCUCAACAUUCCCGAGGUGAAUUGAACACGAGAGCACUGAAGCAAGAAUGCACACUCAACAACCAGCUUGCGCAGCUUCGCGCAGGGGACCGGAGAAGCCUGUUGCACUUACCGCCUUCACAACAAAGAGCGUUGCUUGCAACUCACCACAAACAGAUGGAGAAGGCCAGGAGGACGGAGCAAACAAGCCAGAGCCACCUGGAGAGCGCAGGGAACAAAUUCAAAUGUCUGCGCAAAAUCAGGCUGGUGCGGAAGCCCCCUCAUACUGGGAACGUCCACAGCUUGAAUCGGUGA